UUUGCAGUUGCGUCUCCACCAAAGAAGAGGAAAGAACAAAGUCACCGGCUUUCGCAGAGCGUAACAAGAGAACGCAAUCCAGAAAAAUUAUUUAUUUAUUUGUUUUUUUUUUGUUGAACGAAAAGAGGAGAUCGGACGAAUUUGUGACUAAUUGAAGUAAUUCCGUAGACGAAUUAAGAAGGAAAAACAAAGCAUAACAAAAGUGUGGAACGCGCAGCAAUUCCUGUGACUUCAUAUUGAUUAUUACAUAGAUUCUGAGCAGAGAUAUAUAUUGAUAUAUUUUUGUGAAAACAAAGAAAAAAAAAGGGGACAAAGAAACGAUGUCUUGUAACUUUAUGCAAGCGCGUGCCGCAGACUUGAAGUCCGACACGCUGUCGGAAAUUUCCGAGUCGGGCACCACCAAUUCCGGUUGGACUUCCGGAUGGGACUCUCGCGAGGACCUGAGGGACUUCGUCACGAAGAUCGGCCUCAAGGACAUUGCUGAUUUGCAUCAGGACCGCUUCCGGGUAGACAGGAAGAAACUGGAGCAAAUGCUGAGCGGCGACAAUGAGGCCCCUCUACCGGCUGAUAUUUUUUUUGAGCAGAUUAUGAACGAUACAAACACUUUCAUUACGUGGCCGAGUAAACUUAAAGUUGGGGCCAAAUCCAAGAAAGAUCCUCACGUAAGAAUCGCUGGACGACCGGAAAACGUGCAAGCCGCAAGGGAACGUAUUAUGACUGUAUUAGAUACCAGAAGCAAUCGCGUAACGAUGAAGAUGGACGUAAGUUACACCGACCAUUCCCAUAUCAUUGGGAAAGCCGGGAUGAGUAUUAAGCGCGUGAUGGAUGAGACCCAUUGCCACGUACAUUUUCCGGACUCGAAUCGCUCGAAUCCUAUCGAGAAAUCCAACCAAGUUUCUAUCGCCGGUGACAUCCAAGGCGUGGAGUUGGCUCGAAGUCGCGUCCGUCAGAAGACUCCGGUGCUCUUCGGUUUCGAGCUUCCCAUCAUGUCUCAGAAUGUGGAUGCUACGUGUCCGUACAUCGUGAAAUUGCAGGAACAGUACAACGUUCAGGUGAUGUUCCGUACUAGACCGAAACUGCACGCAACCCUAGUUCUGGUCAAGGGCGUCGAAUGGGAGAUCAAACAGGUGAAGAAGGCCACCAUGACCUUGGUGGAGUACCUGUGCGAGAACCUUUCGAAUCAGAUACCCAUACAGAUGUCCAUGGAGAUAUCACCGCAGCACCAUCAAAUGGUCAGCGGCAAAAACCAUGGUAACGUGAAGGAAAUCAUCAGGGCUACAGGCGCUCAAAUAAUGUUUCCCGAUGCCGAAGAUCCGAACAUUCCUUGCUUGAAGAAAAGCAACGUGACCAUCACUGGUAACAUUCACAGCGUGUACGCUGCCAGGCAGAUGCUCAUUGGAUCCUUACCGCUUUUGUUGAUGUUUGAUUUGCCCGAAAAUAAAACACCGUUGAGACCGGAAGAAAUCACCGAGUUGCAAAACACCUACGAUGUGGUUAUCAACAUUCGACUUAAGGUUAAGCAAAAUACAAUGGCUUGCAUCAUUAAGGGCACCGAGCGUUCUGCAAGUAACAUCUACAAGGCUAGGAACGAUAUAUUAGGAGUCAACGAAAGAUCCAUAGUUGCAGAUAUCCCGACCAAUUAUCAAAUUCCUUCUCAGCCAAGCAACACGCCUCAAGACCUUCCGACCCCAACUCCGAUGAAUCCGAACGUUCUCUCACCUAUGCUGUCCCCUCUGAUAUCGCCCACCUGGCAUUAUCCAUCAACUUCUUUUGCGAAGCCUCAACCUCCGUUCGUGACCAUGGUCAAUCAACAGCCUCAGUUCAUGUACAAUGGGAACUCUCUGCAACAGUCAAUGAGCAGCAGCGGUUAUCAAUCGCUCGGUCAACUAUCCACCAGCAGCUUGGAGCAGUCGCGCGAGUACAGCACGUAUUCAUCCAUCUCGAGCGCCAGCCCCAUCGGCAGUCCACUAUCCAGUCCAAGAAACUCCAACAUAAGAUCCUAUCCGGAUUCGCCGAUGGACAAGUGCGAGUUCGAUGGGUAUGAGCAGAAGCGUUUGGCCGGUUACAAGGCGAUGCAAUCGCAACCGACCGGUCAAAACUUUCGUUAUCCUACGGGCGCCUGGGCCGGCUACGGAAUCAGUCACACCAGUCCCGCUUUGCUACCGGAGAAGCAAGAUCAGAACAACAAAGACGACGAUGUGUGGAAAUCGCCGAACUCGAAGGACUUCUCGAUGCCUUCAACCUCCGGCACCAACCUCAACACGAGCAACUUCCUCGACCAAACUCCUGCCAACGUGAUCAGCCGUAUCACGACGACAAAGUGGCCGGACCUGGAGACACUGCUCACGUCGUUGGCGCUGGAGAAAUACAUUGGGCUCUUCACGUCGCACGAGAUCGACCUGACCACUUUCUCGUCCAUCAGCGACAAGGAUCUGAUCGAGAUCGGCGUCACAGCGUUCGGCGCCAGACGUAAAAUGCUCCUCGCCAUCUCAGAAUUGAACAAACGAGCCAAUCCAUUCUCUGCGGCUCCCGGUGCCGAACGCAAGAGCUCCUCCUCAUCCAGCUCUACGAUGAGCCCUUUCAGGGAAAAAUGGUAAACUAUAAACCAUUUUCAAUACGCAAUUCGUGAACGUCUUCGAAUUACGUCGUAUACCCGCAUCCGUCUGUGUCACACAUAAUCUUUCUCUCCCCCCCAAAUAUAAGUGUUAUUCGUUAAAUUUAGAAUAAGGUAAUAAUCGUUGUUAAUCUGUUUGUUUUCGUCGUGUUCGCUGGUUGGGCAAUUUAAGUUUUGGCGCGCGAAAGACAUUUCAAUGAGGAUAACUUAAAAGAACAUAUGAUAUAAUAGCUAACAUUGACAAUCGUUUCAAUUGCGAAAAAUAAAAACCAUUGGAAUAGCAUUUGCUGAACAAGUAAAAUUUUCAGAAAUAAAAAAAAAAUAUUACGAAAAAAAAUGUAAAUUUCGAUGAAAUUUAUACACA